AUGGCCGCUAGUUCUGCUCCAGCAGCUUCGUUGCUGAAGCGACAACUCAAAGAGAUGCAGGCUGGCAAGGAUAUUCCAGGCAUCUCAUGCGGCCUCGUAAACGAUAACAACAUCUUUGAGUGGGAGGUGAUGCUCAUGAUUAGCGACGACUGCAAAUACUACGGCGGAGGCAACUUCCGGGCUCGUCUAUCCUUUCCGUCGAGUUACCCUCACAUGCCACCUUCACUCACAUUUCAAGACCCGAUUCCUUUCCACCCGAAUAUCUACGAAAACGGCAAGCUCUGCAUUUCCAUCCUCCAUCCUCCCGAGGAAGACGAAUAUGGCUACGAAGCAGCCUCUGAACGCUGGAGCCCUGUCCAGACACCCGAAACUAUUCUUCUCAGCACCAUCAGUCUUUUCCACAGCCCCAACGACGAGAGCCCUGCCAAUGUGGAGGCUGCACGUAUGUUCCGCGAGGAGAGGGAGGGCAAGAACAAGGAUUUCCGAAGACGCUGCAGAAAGUGCGUGAGGGAGAGCUUGGGAGAGGAUUAG